ACAAAACGGGCUUUACAACACAGGGUAGAGACGCUUGAGAGGGGAUACACCACAGAUAUUUAGAAUGACAAGGACCACGUAGCAUUUUCCGUGGUCGAUUCCGGACCUCUUGAUUUAUUUAACCGACCGUAGUUUGCUUUAGUGCAUCCUGUUACAUUCACUGUACAAAGUCCGAGAUGAAGGAUCGCGAGGAUGCGAUGAGAAAGAGGAAAAAGGCUUCGAGCUGGAAUAUUUCUGCUGGACGGUUAUGUUUGUUUUUUGUGAAUGUGUCGAAAAUGGAAAAUAUGCUCAGGAAGCGCGUGUAACUUACUUAUGACUGAGGCUUCUAAUUUCUAAUUAAAUUAAAGGGAGCUGUUUUUUUCCCCGCUACACCUGCUUUUUAAUUAACGUUACUCUGCAGACUGGUGGAUAGACUUGCUGAUGCCAACAACGCCAGAUUGCCUAUAUGGCAGGAUCAUGAAGUUUUUGACGUUUUUCCUUUUGCUUCCAGAAACCAUAAAAAGGACAAGAAAGAGUGGGAAACAGCUCAGCAAGCUGCCAGCAUGCUAUGAAAUUGUGACUUUGUCCUUGAGGAAGAAGAUGGCUGCAGAACUCUAUCCUGCCAGCAUAAAUACCAACCUUCCCAACACUAACAGCACAGCAGUCACCGCUGCCAGCAAAAAGACCAUCGUCCAAGUCACUCAAACGGUGACAACGCCGACUACAACUGCCACUCAGCAGAACAUCAACAAUAAUAACGUCGAGACUGCCAGCUGGCAUUCCACUCACCCGACGCUACGAGAGAGGAAUGCUUUGAUGUUCAAUAACGAACUCAUGGCAGAUGUUCAUUUCGUUGUGGGUCCGCCUGGCGCAGCCCAAAAAGUUCCAGCACACAAGUAUGUGCUGGCAGUGGGGAGUUCUGUUUUCGGUGCCAUGUUUUAUGGAGAUCUAGCAGAAGGAGAAUCUGAGAUUCAUAUUCCUGACGUGGAGCCUGCUGCUUUUUUAAUUCUUUUGAAGUACAUGUACAGCGAUGAGAUUGAACUUGAAGCGGACACAGUGCUGGCCACUCUGUACGCUGCAAAAAAGUAUAUAGUGCCUGCACUGGCCAAGGCCUGUGUCACCUUUCUGGAGACAAGCCUGGAGGCCAAAAAUGCCUGUGUGUUGUUAUCCCAGAGUCGACUGUUUGAGGAGCCUGAGCUGACCCAGCGGUGUUGGGAGGUCAUUGAUGCUCAGGCUGAGCUGGCGCUUUGCUCUGAGGGUUUUUGUGAGAUUGAUCUUCAAACGUUGGCGAUCAUACUAAAGCGAGAGACUCUCAACACCCGGGAGGCGGUGGUCUUCCAGGCGGCUCUCGAUUGGGCUAUUGCUGAAUGCAAAAGGCAGGGACUGGGACCAACCUCUUGUAAUAAAAGGGCAGUGCUGGGCAAGGCUCUCUACUUGGUUCGUAUCCCAACCAUGACCCUGGAGGAGUUCGCCAAUGGAGCUGCACAGUCAGACAUUUUAACACUGGAAGAGACUCAUGACGUCUUCCUGUGGUACACGGCUGCCAAUAAGCCUAAGCUGGAAUUCCCACUGCAGAAAAGAAAGGGUCUGACGCCACAGCGCUGCCAUCGUUUCCAGUCCUCUGCUUACCGUAGUAACCAAUGGCGCUAUCGCGGACGCUGUGAUAGCAUCCAGUUUGCGGUGGACAAGAGGAUCUUCAUUGCAGGGCUUGGCUUGUACGGUUCCAGUGGUGGAAAGGCAGAGUACAGCGUCAAAAUUGAACUCAAGCGCCAAGGAGUGAUACUGGCCCAGAACCUAACAAAAUUUGUUUCGGACGGAUCUAGCAACACCUUCGCUGUAUGGUUCGAACACCCUGUCCAAGUGGAGCAGGACACCUUCUACACAGUCAGUGCCAUAUUAGAUGGGAAUGAACUUAGUUACUUUGGACAGGAGGGUAUGACGGAAGUGCAAUGUGGAAAGGUGACCUUCCAGUUCCAGUGUUCCUCGGACAGUACCAACGGAACUGGAGUACAGGGGGGUCAGAUCCCAGAGCUGGUCUUCUAUGCCUGAAAAUGUCAGGACGUCCAUAUUGCAGUGCAUUCCAGUCACUGGAAUUAAGAUUGAUUGAAUACAGGGUCUCGUGAGGCUCUUGCCUUUUAUUAUGUAGCAGCAGUGAACUUGAUGGUAAUGGCGCUUUAGAACCACAGUGGACUCAGAUGGAAGGAAUGUUCUUCAGCUUUAUUUAUUGCAAAAAUUCUAUAUUUGAUUUAAUUAUUGAUGCUGCAGCAAGCAGAUCUCUAUAUAUAUAUAAAUGAAGAAAGUUGAACUGCUCUGAUAGUUGAUGGAAGCCACUAGUGUGUCAUGUUUUGUACAUAACCUAUUUGUUUUCAGCUUGACGCUGACUGACAAAUAAAAUGUCUUGUAUUAGUGAUCAGCUUCCAGAACUGCAGAUUAUAAAUGUUUUUGUGACUCAAA